GAGGAAGAAGGCAGAUGACUGGAAAGGAAAGUUUGAGGAAGCUGAGGAGCUGUAGUUCAGUGGGGCAGGCUGUUCCAGGUUAGCAGGUUGCUAUGGCAUCUGGACCAAAAAUGUCAGCCCCCAUUUGUCUGGUGGAAAAUAACAAUGAGCAGCUGAUGGUGAACCAGCAGGCUCUAAGAAUUCUUGAGAAGAUUUCUCAGCCAGUCAUAGUGGUGGCCAUUGUUGGACUGUACCGUACAGGAAAAUCCUACUUGAUGAACCGUCUGGCAGGACAGAACUGCGGCUUUCCUUUGGGCUCCACAGUGCAAUCUGAAACCAAGGGCAUCUGGAUGUGGUGUGUGCCCCACCCCAUCAAGCCAAAUCACACCCUGGUUCUUCUGGACACUGAGGGCCUGGGCGAUGUGGAAAAGGGUGACCCUAAGAAUGACUCCUGGAUCUUUGCCCUGGCCGUGCUUCUCAGCAGCACCUUUGUCUACAACAGCAUGGGCACCAUCAAUCAGCAGGCCCUGGACCAGCUGCAUUAUGUGACAGAGCUGACAGAAUUAAUCAGGGCAAAGUCCUCCUCAGAGCCUGAUGAAAUAGAAGAUUGCACAGAGUUUGUGAGUUUCUUUCCAGACUUUGUCUGGACUGUCAGGGAUUUCACCCUGGAGCUGAAGUUUAAUGGUGAGGACAUCACAGAAGACCAGUACUUGGAGAAUGCCUUGAAGCUGAUUAAAGGGAAUGGCUCCAGAGUUGCAAUGUUCAAUCAGCCCAGGGAAUGCAUCAGGAAUUUCUUUCCAAAACGGAAGUGUUUUGUCUUUGACCGGCCAACAAAUAACAAAGAACACCUAGCCCAUAUUGAGAGCGUCUCAGAAGACCAACUGGAUCCUAAAUUCCAGGAACAAACAAAUAGUUUCAGUUCUUACAUCUUUACCCAGGCAAAGAUCAAGACACUCAGAGAGGGGAUUGUGGUUACUGGCAAUCGCCUGGGGACUCUGGUGGUGACCUAUGUAGACACCAUCGCUAGUGGAUCAGUGCCUUGUUUGGAGAAUGCGGUGACCACUCUGGCCCAGCGUGAGAACUCAGCAGCUGUGCAGAAGGCAGCCGACCACUACAGUGAGCAGAUGGCCCAGCGGGUGCAGUUCCCCACAGACACACUCCAGGAGCUGCUGGAGGUGCACGCAGCCUGUGAGAAGGAAGCCAUCACAGUCUUCAUGGAGCACUCCUUCAAGGAUGAAAAUCAGGAGUUCCAAAAGGAACUGGCGAAAAUAAUAGAGGAGAAGAAGAACUAUUUCUUGCUGAAGAAUGAGGAGACUUCUGAAAAAUACUGCCAGGCUGAACUGAAUCGGCUUUCAAAGACCCUAAUGGAAAGCAUUUCUGCAGGAACUUUCUCUGUUCCUGGAGGCCACAAGCUCUACAUGAAAGCAAGAGAAAAUGUUGAACAGAACUAUUUGCAAGUGCCCAGGAAAGGAGUCAAGGCAGGCGAGGUCUUCCAGAGAUUUCUGCAGUCACAGACAGCAACAGAGAAGUCUAUCCUGCAGGCAGAUAAAGCCCUCAGUGAUAAGGAGAAGGCCAUUGCAGAGGAGCGGGCCAAGAAGGAGGCAGCUGAGAGGGAAGAGGAGCUUUCAAGACAGAAACUACAGGAACAACAGCAACAGAUGGAGGCUCAAGAGAGGAGUUUCAAGGAAAACGUGGAGCAACUGAAAAAGAAGCUGGAGGAGGAGAGAGAAGAGCUCCUGAAAAACCAGAACACCAUGUUGGAGCACCAGCUGAAGAUUCAAAAGGAUUUGCUUGAGGAAGGAUUUAGGAAGAAAUCUGAGGAUAUGAAUGCAACAAUUACUCAUCUGCAAAGUAGAACUAAAGCUACAGAAAAUAAUAGUACUUCCUCGAUUGCAGGAGCUUUGGAUUCAUUUGGUGAUAAGCUGAUUACAAUAUUGUCUGGUUUGCUAAAUCAGUUGGUUACAUUAUAAAAGGAUUUCCCUGGCUACAGAGAUCAUUAGUUCUUCUUUAAGAAAUUCGUAGAUCGUGAUGUAUGCUUUGGACUGUUUUGAUGUGCAUGGUUUUCAUUUUCAUACAGCAAAGUUUUAAACAACAUAAAAAGUGCUUUCUAGAAAAUAUCGGUUCCUGACCUAUAUUAGAUAAACAUAUUGCAUGUAUACAUUGAUGAUGAUGUUCAUUUUAGGAAAUGCACAUUUGCAAUGUUAUACAUAUGCAAGAGGUCUUUUGAUGCAUUGAUUUUAAUGGCAAAAAUUUAAUUACUACUGAAAUGUCUUCUAUAUAAAAUUGGUACUAUAAAUUUUAAUAUGUGCUGAUAUUGCAAUAGCCAUGAAACAAAAUAUCAUGGAAUUCUAUAUAGCCUAAUAUAGAAUGAUUUUAAAAACAUAAUGUGAGUUUAAAACAAUGUCUGAAACAGUAUAUAUACUCUGAUCACUAUUAAAAAUGCAAUUACAUGCAAACUAUGUAUGUACAAAUAAAAUAUCUUGUGAAAGAUUAA